AUGACGAAUGCCUCUGCAUCUACACAUGAGGCCGAAUCCCUUAAUCAUGUCGCAUACCAUUCCAGUCUGAUGCCCCCUCUCAAAACCUCCUUUGGCAGAUCUGCAUCCAACAUCUCCGCACACAAACUGCCACCGCAACCAACAAACGCCCUGGGCAGAGCUUUGACCGACACUCCUGCGCCCAGUGCGCCCACAAGUCCGCAGAUACAUGCCCGAAGCAGCUCGAACGUGUCGGGCUCCGCAACCCCCAAAAUCCGUGCCACCACCCUCGAUAUCCCCGGACUGACUCGAUCCAAAGUCUCUCCGAAUGGUCAAAUAUCAGAAAGAGAUGUUGCGGCCAAGCUCAUUAUCAUCAUGGUCGGAUUGCCCGCAAGAGGGAAGAGUUAUAUCGUCAAGAAGAUCGCUCGCUACUUGAACUGGUUACAGCACCCAACCAGAAUAUUCAACGUUGGAGACCGUCGAAGAGUGGCUGCUGGAGUUGGUCAGCCCAUACCCGAUCGAACGACUGCUGCGCUCCGUGAAUCUGUGCGUCGAAUGAGCUCCACCACCCUCGGGCCUCCGAGCAUCGUUGAUCAUGCUGAACUGCUCCCACCGCCUGCUGUCGAGACUCAGAUUCUCAUUAAUGGCGAGGUCACUUCUCCCAUAAGUCCGCUACAAAUGAACGGCCCCUCCAAAUCCGAAGAAGAUAAGAAAGACGCCAUUCCUAUGUCUGCCCCCGAACCCAUGGAUCAGUCUGCGCAAUUCUUCGACCCGAACAACAUCAGGGCAAAGCAGUUGCGAGAACAGGUGGCGCAUGCAGCCUUAGAUGAGCUCUUGAAAUACGUUCUAGAAGACGGCGGAUCGGUAGGAAUCCUGGAUGCGACAAAUCAUACGCGAGAGCGACGUCUGUCACUGGUCAGGCACAUCAGGGAGCGCGAUGAGAACAUCAAUAUCCUCUUUGUCGAGUCUCGAUGCCAGGAUAAAAACCUGCUGGAAGCAAAUAUGCGACUCAAACUGUCCGGUCCCGAUUACAAGGGCAAGGAUCCGGUCGCUGCUUUCAAGGAUUUCCAGCAACGUGUUCAACAGUAUGAAAAAUCAUACCAGAAACUAGACGAGUUCGAGGAGGAACAUAACAUGGCGUAUUGCUCCAUGAUUGACGUGGGACGGAAAAUGGUGACACAUCAAGUCAAGGGCUUCCUCUCCAUUCAAACCGUCACCUACCUGAUGAAUUUCAAUCUGGCACCACGACAAAUCUGGAUCACUCGACAUGGCGAAUCGAUGGACAACGUUAAUGGUAAAAUCGGCGGUGACAGCUCGUUGAGUCCCGACGGUGUGAGAUAUGCUCAGGCUCUUGCCAAAUUUAUCGGGGUCCAAUGGAAGGCGUGGGAAGACUACCAGGCGGAAAAGCAGGCAAAUACUCAUUUCCCACCGCUUCCGGGCGAUACAACACCGCCAAAUCCGGAAUAUACCGCGCAGACUCUCCAAGAGCGGAAUUUCUGCGUGUGGACGAGUAUGCUAAAACGGAGCAUCGAGACCAGCCAGUUUUUCAACGACGAGGACUAUGAUAUCAAGCAGAUGCGGAUGCUGGACGAACUCAACGCAGGAUCGAUGGAAGGCAUGACCUACACGGAAAUCCGAGAUAAGUUCGCCCACGAAUACGAGCUUCGAAAGCGAGACAAGCUCCAGUAUCGGUACCCAGGCCCCGGCGGAGAAGGAUAUCUGGACAUCAUCAACCGGCUGGGAAAAGUCAUCCUCGAAAUUGAGAGAAUGACAGACCACGUCCUAAUCAUUGGCCAUCGAAGUAUCUGUCGAGUUCUCCUGGCCUAUUUCAUGGGUCUAAAGCAAGAGGAUAUUAGUGACCUGGAUGUUCCGUUGGGUGUUGCAUAUAUGCUCGAACCGAGGCCAUACGGCGUGGAGUUCAAGGCAUAUCGCUGGGACCCUGCCACGGAUGAAUUUGUAUAUGAGCCAGACUACCGGAUGAGGCGAGCUAUUGACCCACAAGCCUGA